AUGAGCUCCAGGUAUUGUGAAGGAGCUGGCCCACUUUACAUUACAGAAAGUGAGGGAACUCAGAGGGCCUGCCUUUUGCCACCGCCGCACACCCCCGUGUCUGUUCUUCUGCCACUAAGAGCCACUCUGAAUGUCUUUCUGCAGAUGCCAGGGCCUGGGUGUGCCCGCUGUGCCUGGCCACUGCCCUGCACUUCUGCCCGCUUUGCAGAAUCAACCAUCCGCCUUGUGUCAGGGCAGGAGAAGAGCCACCACUGGGGCCUGGGCUCUUCUGCCCAUCAGAAGAUGGGAUCAGAGCAUUAUACUGUGAGCUCCCCACCGCGGAAACAGGCCCACUGCCAGUCGGGAGAUCUACUUUUCCGAGGACUGCCCGAGUGCCUUUGGACACGUCCCUGGUGCCUACCUUCUGGGCUCCGGUUUCCUUCUCCUCUUCCUGAGGAAGAAGGGGCUGCACCAGAUGGCCUCUACCGGCCCUGCCCAGGGAGCCCCAUAAGCGAAGCGGGUUUGCCCUUUGGCAUCAUCCCGGUCUGCGAGCACGAGGGGCAGGAGCGGGGGCAGGAGAGGAGGGGCUGUGCCCAGUGCUCCAGGCGGCCCAGGAUUGGGGAGGGGAGGGCCUGCGCCCUCUCCUCGGAAGCCCUCUCCAUGGGCAGCGGGGGUCUACCGAAGCCGAAGCUUGGGCAAGAGGGGACCCCGGAGCCCCAGACGGACCCUCUUCCUCGCUCUCCGGCUGACUCAGCACCCGCAGCCCAAUCCCGACCCUCCGCGCGGGCACCGAGGGACCCUCAGCUCGGGCUGAGCGGGAGCCGGGAGCCCCAGGCCGCCCGACCACGGGCGUCCCCAGAGCCAGCCUGCUGCGAGAGAGGAGCCGGCUCCGGCCAGCUUCCCGCGCAGCUCCGGAGCGGGCUGGGGGCUGAGCCGGAGCGGGAGCCGGAGCCCCAGCCGGAGCGGGAGCCGGAGCGGGAGCCGGAGCGGGAGCCGGAGCCCGAGCCGGAGCCGGAGCCGGAGCCGGAGCUGGAGCCCGAGCCGGAGCCGGAGCCGGAGCCGGAGCCCGAGCCGGAGCCCGAGCCGGUGCGCCCGGGGCGCGCAGAGCCGGGCGCGGACCGCCGGAAAGGACUGAGCCGGAGCGGAGCAGCCAGCGCCCGGGGAGGCUGCCGGGGAUCCCCGCGGCCCGGAGCCCGAAGCCCAGCCCGAGCCCGAGCCCGAGCGGGCGCGACGCGAUGGGUGCGGGGCGCUCCCCGGGGGCUGGGGCCGCCGCUGCUGCUGCUCGCGCUGUGGCUGCAGGGCCGGGGGGGCAGCGCGGCGCCCGCGCCCCGCACUGAGGAUCUGAGUCUGGGAGUGGAGUGGCUGAGUCGGUUCGGUUACCUGCCCCCGCCGGACCCCGUGACAGGGCAGCUGCAGACCCAGGAGGAGCUGGCCAAGGCCAUUGCAGCCAUGCAGCGAUUCGGAGGCCUGGAGGCCACCGGUGUCCUUGAUGAGGCAACCCUCAAGCUGAUGAAGACACCACGCUGUUCUCUACCAGACCUGGCUGUACCUGGGGCCCGGAGGAAGCGGACUACCCCUGCCCUAACCAAAUGGAACAAGAGAAAUCUGUCCUGGAGGGUCCGUACAUUCCCACGGGAUUCCUCCCUGGGCCGGGACACAGUCCGGGCACUCAUGUACUAUGCCCUAAAGGUGUGGAGUGACAUCACGCCGCUCAACUUCCACGAGGUAGCGGGGAGCAACGCCGACAUCCAGAUUGACUUCUCCAAAGCAGACCACAACGAUGGGUACCCCUUCGAUGGCCCUGGGGGCACCGUGGCCCAUGCCUUCUUUCCCGGAGAUCACCACACUGCUGGAGAUACUCACUUUGAUGAUGAUGAAGCCUGGACUUUCCGAUCCUCAGAUGCUCAUGGGACGGAUCUCUUUGCUGUGGCUGUCCACGAGUUUGGCCAUGCCAUUGGGCUCACCCACAUCUCAGCCAUACAGUCCAUCAUGAGACCCUAUUAUCAGGGUCCUGUGGGCGACCCCCUGAAAUAUGACCUGCCCUAUGAGGACAAAGUUCGCAUCUGGCAACUGUAUGGUGUCCGGGAGUCAGUCUCCCCUACAGCCAAGCCAGAGGCUACUGAGACUGACAAUCACCCCUUUCUCCCAGAGCUCCCAGACAACCGCACCACAGUACCGCUAAGGAAGGACGUACCCCAUCGGUGCAAUGCUAACUUUGAUGCUGUGGCCCAGAUCCGAGGGGAGGCCUUCUUCUUCAAAGGCAAGUAUUUCUGGAGGCUGACCCGGGACAGGCAUCUGGUCUCCCUACAGCCUGCCCAGAUCCAUCGCUUCUGGAGGGGUCUCCCACUCCACCUGGAUAGUGUGGAUGCUGUCUAUGAGAGGACCAGCGACCAUAAAAUUGUCUUCUUUAAAGGAGACAGAUACUGGGUCUUUAAAGACAAUAACGUUGAGGAAGGAUACCCUCGGCCUGUCUCCGACUUCAGCCUCCCGCCAGGUGGCAUCGAUGCUGCCUUCUCCUGGGCCCACAAUGACAAGACUUAUUUCUUUAAGGACCAUCUGUACUGGCGCUAUGAUGACCACGCUCGGAGGAUGGACCCUGGGUAUCCCGCAGAGAGCCCUCUGUGGAGGGGGAUCCCCAGCAUCCUGGACGAUGCCAUGCGCUGGUCUGAUGGAGCCUCGUAUUUCUUCAGGGGCAAAGACUAUUGGAAAGUACUGGACAGUGAGCUGGAGGCUGCCCCUGGCUACCCACAGUCCACUGCCAAAGACUGGUUGGUGUGCAGCGAUUUGCAGGCUGACGGUCCUGAAAAUGAAGUCAGAGCCGAGGGAGCCAGGACUGGGGCCCGCUCGAGGCCCGGCCAGCAUGACGAGAGCCGCUCGGACAGUGGUUACGAGGUCUGCUCCUGCACGUCCGACGCUUCCUCUUUGGGGCACAUUUCCAAGCUGCUCUUGGCCCAGCUGGCGCUGGCCGGCAUCUGGACAGCAACCCUGAUGGCCGCGGCGCUUUGAUAGCACUGGUGCUGGGCUGGGAGAGGGAAGAGCAGGGGUUGCCCCCCCUCCACCAGGGACCACUCACAGACAACACCAAGGGCAGGGGUCCCCCCACCCAGGGCUGGUGAGAUAUUCUCCAGGAGAAAAUGGCACAGUUUGGAGUUGCAAUCAAUUCUUUUCUUUUAAUUCAGCCUUGAAGAUAAGGAUGAGGCUUCUAUAUCAGCCCAUGGCCCAAAGCUCUUCCAUCCUGGCCUCUCAGAAACUGGAGGCCCCUGGAACAGGUGGGAGUGGGGAAGAUGGGAAGCAGCAAGGAAUACCCAGUCUUCCAUCCUCCUGGAGGGGCUGGUCAGACUCUGGCCAGUCAGUCAGUAAAUUUUCAAGGCUAUUGGACACAGAAGGGCACAGGGUGAGGCUCCUACAUCAUUCUUCCAAGCCAGAAAAAUGCCUCCACAAGGAAAACCAAUCCUGUUACCCUAUGUUUGAAGCAAAGGCCCAGCUGUCUGGGCCCCUUCCUGGGAAGUGAUCAUCUCUGACCACUAUUUUCCCUUCCCCCAGGGAAAGGGCUCACAGAGCAGGGGGAUCCCAAGACCAUCCUGCUCUAUUUUCCCCUCAAAGAGGCUUCCCAUGCUCAGCUGAGUGUCAAGAAGCAUCAGUAAGCCCAUCCCAUCUCCCUCAGUGGCCAUUUUGACCUCACAGUUCAGAUGGGAGAACAGGGUACAAACGCAGCUUGCUAUCUGUCUUUUAUUUGGAAACAUCUAAGUCUUUACAGUCAGGACUCCCCUCGGUUCUGAAACAGUCCUCUUCCUGAUAUUUCCCCACCCCAGAGGCAUGGGCUCCAGGGGAUAGAAUAUGAGUUAAGAGACUCAUCAAAGAAUAGCUCAGGCCCGCAGGAAGUGAGCAGUUGUUUGGCCACUGCUGGUCUAGUUCUGAGGCCCAUUUUCCUGGGAAGCCAGGACACAAUAUCCCCUGCAGUCAGUUCAACAGAAACUUCCCAAAAGGCAGGUGAGGAGUGAACUAGCUUGGAGAUCUUCAGAAGGUAGACAUCUAGGGAUUGCCUCGUUGUCUCUGUGUGGUAUUUGAAUCAAACACAAUCUCUUCCUGCUUUGUAUACAGCUCUGGUCUUUGAGUUUCUUGCUGUGUAGACUCAUCCUGCUUCUUGAUUUGUCAGCCUGAGUGUGUCUAUGUUUCUAAACUCAGGUCUAUCCUGGCUCCAAGUCCAGGGCUAUAGCUACUGCCCAGAUGCCCCUCACCGAGAAGUUUGUAACCUUGAGACAAGUCCCAUCUCCAGCUGGAGGGUGGGAGUGGAUUCUAGGGAGCAUCAAACACUUACUAAGUAUGUUCAUGCGGACAGACCACUUCUCCCUGGGCCUCAGAGGUUCCCUCAUCUGUAAAAUGAAGGAGUUGUACAAGAUGAUUUCUAAGGUCCUUUCCAUCUCUGUCCAUCACUGGUCCUCAAAGUGUGAUGCCUUUUUGGAGGGUCUGCAAGGUCAAAACUAUUUUUACAAUAAAUAUUGAAGUUUUAAUUUCUAAUACAAUGAAUAUUGGUCAGACACAGCCCACAUAAACAGACGCUCUGGGAUAGCAGAUCUUCAAUCAUUUUUAAGAAUAUAAAGCAUAACUUUUGAGGCCGAAAAGUUUGAGAACCGAUACCUCCUCUGAUUUUACAAAAAAAAAAAAAGGGGGGGAGCUGAGAGCUAGAGGGAAUAAAUAGCAGCUAAAGUCACAAUUUCAGAGCUAGGUGGAGAGUCCCUGUCCACUGACUCAGCCCAGAGCUAUUUCGCCCGUGCCAGGAUAAGGCGGUCAGGGGCAGAGAUCCGGUUGUCUCCCAUGCUCCAAGAUGGCCCUUAGCCUGUCCCUGUCUGACCGAGCUGGGGCAAUGAAACGCCUUGCUGGAGGAAACCCCGUGGUCCCCUGGUCUGACCAGAGCAGGGCGAAAUGCAGUCAAGAUUUGUGGGUUUCGCCACCGGGGGGCAGCAGAGUCAGCAGCUGGGACCAGGCUGGAAAUUGAAAGCGCAGCGUAUUGGGAUAUCAAUUUCAGGACUGCGACGUGAUUUCCUGUAGUUUCCUGCAAGGGUCUUGGCCCCCAAGCCCUUGGGUUGGCCAGGAUUAUAGGAGGGUUAUUGGGUUAUAAAUCCAGACCUGGAAGGAACCCUAGAGACAAUGUAGUCCCACCCCCCUCAUUUUACAGAGGAAAAGACCCAGAGGAUGGAGAUUUGCCUAAGGCACCCGGUAGUAAAUGAGGUGGGUUGUGAACCCAGAUUCUCUGAUGGAAAAACCAUACUCUUCACUGGUCUAGCCUCAGACUCCAAGACCAGAGGAGCCAGGGAAUGAGGGGCCUUCCCUGAUCCCCAGCCCUGAGUCUACCAGAAUCUCAAAUCCCCUCCCCUCCUUCACUACUACCUAUAGGGACAAAGUGACCCACCCCAGACUCCAAUCUGAUCAUUAGCCCCAGACAGGCUCCUGGCUCUGGGAUUUAUUUGGUGUGGAUGUUCAUUCCACCCACAAAGACCAUGGGAUGCCCUGAGAAAGCUUGAUUCAGAAUCAUAAGGCCCGACUUUGGCCUUAGUUUUUGAACUUAAAAGGCCUUCUAAGAUAGCUCUAAAUCUACUCCUAUGCUCUCUUCCUUGAUAGAUGGUCUCCAAGACUUUCUGGGACUAAAAAGUCCCUCAUCCUGGAGCCAAACUGUGAUAUUACUCUGAAAAUGAAUUCUAAUUCUAACCAAAUCCCAAGUGAGCUUGCACAAGUAACUUCACCUUUCUUGGCCUGUUACCUCAUAUAAAAUUCAGAAGUGAGAUUAGAUGGCCCCCAGGACCCUUCCUGCUUCAUCUCUCCUGCUUCUGAACUUAGGCAGGAUGGGCCUUGGAUGACAAACACACAUAGUCAGUCCAUUUCUCCACUAGCAGGACCUACCAGGUCUUGUCCUCCCUCAAAUAGCCUUUGAGAAGAAUCAAUCAGCAAGCCUUUAUUAAGGGUGUGCAAAGUUAUUGGGAAUAUAAGUACAAAUACCUGCUUAAUGAUACUAAUAACACCUUCCAACAAUGUGACCUGAGAAGUCUCUUUAGUGGAGAGCUGGCCAUACAUCUUGGACACUAAGAAAUACCAGUGGGAUGGAAAUGAAGAUGUUAGAAGGCAGAUAUCUUGGAAGGUAAGAAACCCUUCUCUCCUAUCAAAACAAGGACAAUCUCUAGGGCUUAUAGAAAGUAGCAGCCAAAGUUGCAUCAGCUAGCAAGGCCUAGAGCAGGAAAGACCCAGGUCCGCACCCUAGCAUAGCAAGUCCCUCCCUCCCACUGACCCUGAUGCAAUUUCCUAUCCUGCUGGCCCCAGAGGGCUAUAGUGUAUGAUGAAGGCACUUGAGGUCAGGACUCAGGAAAAGGGUUGCCAGGUCAGGGGUGGGUCAGGGAGCUAAAGUUGGGUUGUAAAAUCAUAAUUUAUAACUGAAAAGGAAAGUCAUCCAGCCCUAUACCUUCAGUGGGUAGGGAAGGAAAUUGUAGUUUUAACAGUUCCCCUCCCCCAGAGGAACUCAUUUGUCCUAAAUGACAUAAGGGAGUGACAGGAGAGCCAGAUUAACACCCCCAAUCAAUCCCCCAAAUAAUAAUAAUAUAACCCUGAUUAGGCUGGGGAGUUACAGAAGCAGCAGGCCAAGGAUAAUGAGUAGAUUCUAAAUCUGAGGUCCAGAAGUCAGCAAAUCCCAAGGCAAGUAUCUUGGAGACUUUCAGGAGUUGAGAUCUGGAGAUGACCAGCAGAUAGAAGGAGUUUACCAGUUACUUAUUCCCUCCCUUUGGGAGGGCUUUGGUAGAAUUGGCUUAGGGAACCCGUUCUGCAGUCAGGAGGACUUGAUUUCAAAUCCAGCUUCAGAUAUUUACUAG